AUGGGUGAAGACCGCCGCCGCUGCUCCGGCAGCGAGGACCGCAUCAGCGGCCUCCCCGACGAGCUGCUGCACGCCAUCCUCGUCCGCCUCUACUCCACCCGCGCCGCCGCGCGCAGCAGCGUGCUCUCCCGCCGCUGGCGCCACGUAUGGGCCCACCUCCCCGAGCUCUUCCUCGGCGGCAGCCGCGACGCGCCGCCGCCGCUGGCGUCGCUCCCGGACGCCGUCGACGCCGCGCUAGCCGCCUACUCCGCCACGGCGGCGCCGCUAGAGCGCCUCCACAUCACGCUGCGACGCGGCGACGGCGGGCACCCCGUCCAGGCCAGCCGCGCCGCGUCGUGGCUGCGCUUCGCCUCGCGGCACGUGGUGGGCGAACUCCGUCUCUUUGUGCCGGCGCCGGGAGUCGAUGGGGAAGAGGAGGAGGUUCUCGAGCUCCCCGCGUGCCACCGAGCGAAAAGUGUCAGGCUUACCAUCCAUGAUUCAUGGCGGCUCCGGCCACAGCCGGCCGGUUUGUUCGCCGCGCUGACCUCCCUGAGGAUAGAUUAUGGCCGCAUGGAAGCCAGCGAGCUCACAGACCUAGUGUGCAAGCGUUGCCCGCAGCUCAGGGAUCUGAACCUUUCCGUCGAUCUGGUUGAUGUCUCCGACGUUUCUGUGCUGUCUGGCUCACUGCAGUCGCUGCUGUUCUUCGUCCUAAACAUACGGCGGCUAGAGGUCGUCGCGCCAAGGUUAGAAGAGCUUUUGGUGUAUCACGCCAGUGAGGCUCAUAUCACUUCCCCUAAGCUUGCAGAACUGGUUUGGAAUGGCGAGGACUAUGACCCUCGCCUCCACAAAUUUGACGAUGUCGGGCGUCACCUCCGGCUGCUAGAAAUUGGUCAAAUUUCAGGAGCGGCAUCGUUGAUGCGGCAGUUUGAUGAAGUUGACAAGUUGAAACUGCAAAUCUCCAUUCCAUGGGAAACAGCAGGGUACGGAAGCUUAUUGAAUGAAACGAACCAGCUGCCCAAGUGCAGGACAUUGGCGCAUUCUUGCCCAUUGUCUUGUCCUUGUCGCUUGGCAGAGAGUGGUAGGGUUGAUGGCAUUGCUCUCAGUUUCCUUGAGGAAGUAAAACUUCAUAACUUUGCAAGUUCCAGUGAUGAAUUGGAAUUUGUGGAGGAACUAUCCAGAUGCAACGCAGCAGUCCUAAAGAAAUUGGUCAUAAAUUAUGCUUAUGGCCCUGCUACUCCACUAACCAUGGCGAUAUGUGAGAAGGUCCGUAGCAUGUGGCGUCCAAAUGUUAGUGUAGAAUUCUAUGUGUUUCUAGAUGGAAGGCUAGUUCGUUUCGACUGA